AUGGGAACCAAUAUCUUACUUUUAUUCAGCGAUUGGUCUCUAACCAAUUCUGCUAUCACCAUUACAGAAACAGUGGCAGCUUCUUCCAUCAUCUUCACGCACUUCAUUGCAGCUGGGGCAGCUUUUUUCAUGCUGGGAUUUCUUUAUCUUGCCUUCAGAAGCAACAACACCUCUGUCUACCUCAUAGACUACACAUGCUACCGCCCACCUGAUUACUUGCGGGCCUCUGUCCCUCACUUCACUGAGCAUAUAGAGAGAACAGAAGGUUUCAGUAGAGAGAACAGAGAUCUCCAGCAAAAGGUUCUUCAAAGGUCAGGGAUUGGGGAUGAAGCAUGCAUGCCAAUCGCGGUGCACGAGCUCCCUCCCAACACUUCUUUCAACCCAUCUCAACAAGAAGUGGAGCAAGUCGCCUUCCAAGUGGUGAAAGAUCUUCUCUCAAAGCACAGGAUAAACCCUAAAGGAAUCGAUAUCCUGAUAUCAAACUGCAGCAUCUUCUGUCCCACUCCAUCCAUCACAUCAAUGAUCAUCAACAGGUUUGGACUCAGAAGCAAUGUAAAAAGCAUCAGCCUGAGCGGAAUGGGCUGCAGUGCUGGGCUUAUAUCGAUAAGCAUGAUUAAAGAACUGUUCCAAGUUCAUAAAAAUUCACUGGCUCUAGUUCUCACCAUGGAAGCUGUAACCCCAAACGGGUACGUAGGCAGAGCAAAGUCCAUGCUGGUAGCCAAUACGAUAUUCCGAAUGGGUGGAGCUGCUAUUCUGCUGUCGAACAAGAAACAGGACAAGUGGAGAGCCAAUUAUGAGCUUCAGCAUCUCGUACGAACUCACAUGGGAGCAGAUGAACAGUCCUACUGCUCCGUCGUUCAGAAACCAGAUGAGGACGAUGUUGUUGGGGUUUCACUAUCCAAGUCACUGUUACAUGUGGCAGCUCGUGCUCUGAAGAUUAAUGUAUCAGAGUUGGGACCCCUUGUGCUGCCGUACUCUGAACAGCUCAAAUACAUUUGGUUAGUGACUUGUCAGAAACUCUGUGAAAAAGGAAGAGCAAAGGGGGAAGCAACUGUGGUGGUGCCAAGAUUCAAAAGUGCUUUCGAACAUUUCUGUAUCCAUGCUGGAGGAAGGGCCAUAAUCGAUGGGGUGGAAAAGAAUCUGAAGCUGGAGAAGGAAGAUGGAGAAGCUUCAAGGAUGACACUUCAUAGAUUUGGGAAUACUUCAUCUUCUUCGGUCUGGUAUGAGCUUUCUUAUCUGGAAGCAAAGGGCAGGGUGAAGAAGGGAGACAGGAUUUGGCAGAUUUCUUUCGGGAGUGGAUUCAAGUGUAACAGUGCAGUUUGGAAAUCCCUCGCAAAAGUUGAUCCUGAAAGGAAAAAUGCAUGGUCAGACAGAAUUCAUAUGUAUCCUGUCCAGAUGCCAGAUUUUUCAUAG